GGACAGUCAUAUGGAAUCAGUUGCGUCUAUUAUCAAACGUUAUAAGGUCGAAAGAAACAGUAUUCUUAGAAGUAUUAAAUCUUGCUCAAGGAUACCUGCCAGAGUUGAUCAGAUUAGUAAGCAACUUGAUAAGGAGCAGAAGGUGAUACAGAGGAGCAUAUAUUCCUUGACUAAUCCUUGUAAAUCUCCUUUGUAUGAAUCACGAGCUAGAAAAGUGAAAGUUGACCGUCACAUGUCUCUUGAGAAGAACGACUUUAUUGAAAGAUCCAAAGUAUUCCAUAAAAUUAGCAAUGAUAAUAAUCUGUCAGGAAAAAUUCAGGAUAAGCUGAGCAACCAUCUAUCAACCCUUCAGACAACCAAUGAUUGAAGUAAUGGAUCAAAGUUUAUGAUUCGCCAUGUACCAAGCUUAAGGAGACUAGUAGAUUCAACUAACAAUAACAAUGAAAAUACGAACAAGUACUUGCACACGAUCGAUAAUUGAAAUAAAACUCUUGAUAAGUCGUCUGUAAUUGCUGAAAAACUCCAAAGAUCAAAUUUAACCGCCCGAAGAAAUAAAUUUAAUAUGAAAAGACUCCAGGUUCGGACAUUCAUUGAGGAUUAUCAUAAAACAGGAAGGAAAUUUGAUUCCAAUAAGCCUAAACUUUCUCCCUUCCCUUUGAGCUCUGCAAGCAGAAACCAACUAGAUCCAGCUAGUUCAGGAGUUAGAAAGAGGAAGUCUACCAUCUCAAGGUUGCUUGAUAAUAAAUUACCUCUAAGCAAAGAUGUUCCAAGUCCAAAGUCAAUACUCAGCAAUAAGGAGUCAGAGUCUCCAAAAUCAACCCUUAGCUUUGUGUAUGACCCUCUGAAAUCUGGAAAAUCUGGGCCUCAUAACCAUGAAUAUUUAGUCUUUUUAAUGCAGCUUAAGAGAUUUGAGACCUGGAAAUAUGACGACAUUGCUGACUUAAUCAAAGCUAUGAAUGUCUGCCAUGUCGAAGAAGGCAACACGAUCUAUAACAUAGGUGACAAAUCAGAUUAUUUUUAUAUAAUCUUGCAAGGAGCAGUGUUUUUGGAGACCAACUUUCAAACUUCUAAACAGAUUCGCUAUCCUAUUGGCACCAACAAAUGGGAGACCCAGACAGUUACGAACACUAUCUCUUACAGAGUAGCUGAACUUGAAUGAGGAGAUGUCUUUGGUCAUGAAGAGAUCAUCUCCAAUAAGGAUAGAAUCUGCAAAGCAACAGCUGUUGAGAAAGCUCUGAUCCUGAAGCUUCAAAACUGCAAGUUCAUGAACUUUUUCGCAAAAGAGAUUGAAAAAGACAGAAAAGCUCUCAAGAACAGAAAAGCGGUGUUACAUAAGGAUUUUAAUUUCUUUGACACUAUUGAUAUCGAUGAGAUCAAGAAAAUUCAUGAGGAGAACGAACUAACCAAAAAGAAAGGGUUGAAUUCAAUCUUGAAUGCACUGAAUCUAAAUCCUAUUGAGAUAUCAGGCAGAGAAAUGCAUUCAGAAGAUAGGUCCCUUAACAAGUUCAAGUAUGUCUUCAAGAAAAUUAAGAGCAAUGUGGGUAUCGGAAAAUCAGAAAUCAGACACAGAGAUAGAACUAGGAUAAUCAAGCAAAAGCAUUGCUUUUCUAAAAGCCCUUAAUUGCAUAGAUUUAGAUGUGUAAUUUCAGCAGAAGUAUCUCAU